AACGGCAAACGCAUCAUCAAAUAAUCAAUCGCUGACUAAACGCGAUAUUUGGUGGCAAUCACACUGGACUGUUGCUGUUCUGCGCCGAUCGGCCUGGCCCAAGCUGGGAUGGCCCUAAAGUAGGAGAGUCUCAGGUUUAACUUGACUGUAGAAGGAUUGCGCCGCGGCCUCUUUUGUCGCCAUUAUCAUUAGCUGCUGCGGUAUCGUGUUCAGCGUCUACUACUGUCUUCUCUAAAGCGUCGUGUAUGCUGUCACUUUGAUCGCCAGUGUUUAUGGUAUUCCUCAUUUGAACCAACCAGUCUCCCGCUUCGUUUGAGCGCAUCUUUGCGAUCCGCCAUCUUCGCCGCACUCCUCCGUACCGAGCUUCUCCUAGAAACCUCCGCACUCCGUUUUAUCCAGCUCACUGGCAUCUCUGCCAACUGAUACACCAUGGUUGGCAAGAAGUCUGGAAAGGCUCUCCUUCGGGAUGAGGGCCUUGAACGAACCGAUAACAAUAUGGAUCUAUCGAGCUGGCCUCAGAUACCUGCGAUCAACCAGAAAAACUACUACACCGAUUACCUGAAGAGAGACGACCAGUAUUUGGCUUUUAGGUUGCAAAAUGAAGAGAAUAGAAAUCGGAUGGCCAAAACAGCCAAGGACCGAGACCGUGCUCUUGCGAUGGAAAAAGCGAAUGACCUGGGAAUUCCCGAACCGGACGCAGAUGAUGGCGAUACAAACAUGGAGGAUGAAGAGAGUGAAGUUGAGACAGUUGGCUCCAAGGUCAUUGUCAUACAUCUUGGCAGUCAAAAUCUUCGAAUCGGGCUGGCCAGCGAUGCUUUACCAAAGACUGUUCCUAUGGUAAUUGCAAGGAAGUCUUCUACCAGCGAAUCCGAGGACAGGGAAGAACCCAACCCUAAAAGGUUGAAGCUGGACGAUGAUUCUGCGAUGGAGCCAGAGAAGAUGUUUGGUUCUGAGUUUUCCUCCCAAUAUUCCACGAUGGUCGCGGACCUUAAGGUACACAUGCGCCAGAACAAACGCAGGACCCUGCCGAACUCGAAAGAAAUGGUCGUCAAUUAUAAUCGGAGAACGGUACCAGAGACGAUUUCUGAACACAACGAUCCCAUGCGUGUGGACUGGACAGAAAUCCCGGAUGCACCAGCUUCGGCGCCCGAAUACAUUGUCGGGCAAGAAGCUUUGAGAAUACCCGAUGCUUCAAAUCCUCGUUAUAAGCUAUAUUGGCCAAUGAGAUAUGGAUGGUGUAAUGAGAAGGACUAUAACAGCAAGAGACUUAUGUUCUUGGACAUUUCAUUGAUUCUCGAAGAAGCGAUCAAGAACCAAUUGGGCCUUACAAGCAAGAAGGAAUGGCCUCAAUAUUCAUGCGUAUUCGUCAUUCCGGAUCUCUACGAGAAGUCGUACGUGUCACAAGUUCUAGAGAUGCUGAUGCGAGAGUUCGCAUUUGCCCGCGUUUGUUUUAUCCAGGAGAGUCUUGCUGCUACCUUUGGCGCGGGAUUCACCUCGGCCUGUGUUGUUGACAUUGGUGCGCAAAAGACAUCUAUAUGUUGCGUCGAAGAGGGCAUGUGUAUUGAAAACUCCCGGGUCAAUCUGAAAUACGGAGGAGCAGACGUGACCGAGACUUUCAUCAAAAUGAUGCUUUACGACCACUUUCCUUAUGCCGAGAUAAACCUGUGGCGCAGGUAUGAUUUCUUGUUGGCCGAGGAGCUGAAGAAAAACAUUUGCACCAUGAAUGAAGCCAGUGUUUCUGUUCAGGUUUAUGAUUUUCACCUCCGUGUCGCCGGCCAAGAUACCCGAAAGUACACUUUCAAGGCAUACGACGAAGUGCAUCUGGCUCCCAUGGGCUACUUUCAACCAUCUAUCUUCGAGAAUUCAGACAAAAUCAACGGACGGAGGACUCUGAUUGAACGCUCGGUUGAUAUUUAUGACGGCCAACCAAACGACCCGGUGUCUGCGGCUCAGUCCGAGAUCCUGACCACCAUUGCUCCCCCACAGGCUAAUGGACAAGUCAAUGGUGAGACUCACUCAAACACUUUGGACGUGCAAUCAACACCGAGUCGUUCCCAACAAGUCAAUGCACUCAGUCGCGUGCAAGAACUUGAUGCUACUCCUCGAUCUUCAGUUGCUGGCUCUCCUGCACCGGAGGCCCUGGGUACUCCUCAGGCAGGUGGAGCGGCGACUCCAGCCGUCGGAGGACAAGCUCAAGCCCCGCAACAGCCUCGUGCGCCUACUGUUGAAGAACGAGAUGACAUACCCCCUGUGUUCCCACUGGACACUGCCAUCCUUACUUCUAUUGCACACGCUACCCGCGGAGAGGAACGUAAAAUGCGAGACUUCCUUGGAGGAAUCAUGAUCGUUGGAGGCGGAAGCCAGAUCAACGGCUUUCAUUCCUUCCUCGAGGAGCGAUUACAGUACCUUCGCCCAGGAUUCGCCAAGGAGAUCAUGAUUGGUACGCCUCCAAGAGAUCUCGACCCGCAAGUCGUUGUAUGGAAGGGCGCAAGUGUAUUCGGGAAGCUGAGUGGAACUAAUGACAGCUGGAUCGGUCAGUUGGAAUAUGAUAGAUUGGGCCACAGACUCAUGGCGUACAAGUGCAUGUGGGCUUAUUGAUUCGAUGCUACUUUAUUUAUUCUAUUUCCCUUUUCUUAUUUACUUUUAUGAAGGAUGGCAUUUGAGAUAUCUUAUUGAUUUUAUGGGUUCUCUUGUAUCAAAAUAGUAUGGCUUAUAACCAAUUGGUUGAAUUCUGAAGCAGGAUAGCAGAAUAUUAAACUAUCUAAAUGAUAUUAAAGGAUUGACUCCCAC